UUCCCCCCGCAGAAACUUGGAAUGAAACCAUUUCCUCAGUCUGAAAGGAGGGGGGCUGCUCUUCUCCCGGUGCAGCUGCACUCACAGAGCUGCAGAGUUUUGCCGGAGCAGCUGCAGCGCACGUGUGAGGCUGUUGGGAAUCUGUGUAACGCCGAUCCUUUUGGGGCUGUUGUCGUUCCUGCAGGCUACCGCUAUGUGAUCCUCGACAUCCCUCUGCUCUUCGAGACCAAGAGGUUGACCAAGUUCAUGAAGCACACCGUCCUGGUUUACUGCGACCCGCAGACCCAGCUGGCACGGCUGAGGAAGAGGAGCGGGCUGUCCCAGGCUGAGGCCGAAGCUCGCAUCGCCUCGCAGCUGCCGCUGGAUGAGAAGCGCCGUUUGGCCACUCACGUCAUCGACAACUCCGGCGACCGCGAGAGCACGCGCCAGCAGGUGCUGCGGCUGCACGCGAGGCUGGAGGAUUCCCUGGACUUCCUGUGGGCACGGCUGGCGCUGGGGACGGCCGUGGCUGCGCUCGGAGGGCUGCUGUACCUCCUCCUCCAGCAUUUCAUCUCUUAAUUCAUCUUUUGGGGGUUUUUUCUUUU